UCGCGGUGGGACUCCCGACUGACGGACCCAGCCAGGGCAUCAACUGACCCGGACCAGCGUGCCAGCAGGCUAGCCGUCUUCACGUGCUGCCAGUGCAGUGACCGAUGAUCUUUGACCCUGCGCUGGCCGCGGCCGCCCGAAGGCACCAGCGAGCUCAAAACAAGGUCAACAAAUCUCCGACACCUGGAGGCGUGCCUACUUCCCCAGACAACAAUAACAGCCGGAACAGCAACAUUUCCUCAUCAUCCAGCACGGAAUCAACAAAGGUUCCGCUGCCCGUUGAUGAUGCCGCAGCAGCAGCAACAGCCGAGACGACUCCUCCUUCCACAAUCAGCAAUUCCAGCGCGACCAAAGAUCUUGUGACAGGCGAGAAAGCGAGAUCGACCAGCAGCAGUAGUGGUGAUGCAGGCAGCAGCAGCGGCGGCGCGGCGGCGGCGGCGGUGGCACUGGGGGGAACGGCUUCUUCUUCGAAUUCGAAUGGGGUGGACUUUGAAGGAGCGACGGCGAGAGCUCGGGCGGGGGGUGGGGCGUCAAGACAGAGACAAAUGAAGCCGCGGGUGUUGCUGAAGAUCGUCGUGCUCGGAUGCAGCAACGUCGGGAAAACGAGCCUGAUGAAGCGGUACGCCGCCGGGGACUUCACGGACUACCGCCGCCCAACCAUCGGUGCGGAUUUCAUGACCAAGGAAGUCGUGGAAGGGGACCAGCCGAUGCUUUUGCAGAUAUGGGACACGGCGGGGCAGGAACGGUUUCACGGGGGCUCCUUGGGGUCGGGGUUCUUCAGAGGAGCCAACGCGGCGUUGCUGGUCUACGACGUGGCUUGCGCGGUGUCCUUCGAACAGGUGGCCAUGUGGCGAGAAGAACUGCUGGUUCGAUUAGACGUGGACCCGCAUGACUUUCCCAUCGUCGUCAUCGGCAAUAAGGUCGAUUUAGCUACCGGUUUGCCAAUGGACGGGAUUCACGGAGUGGAUAAGACCCGAGUGAUGAAGUGGUGCGAGAUGCAGGGCAUGGGGCACAUCGAAACCAGCGCGAAGGAUGGCACAGGCGUGGAGGUCGCAAUGCAGGCCGUCGCGGUGCUAGCCCUAGAACAGAAGCGCAAACGGGAGCGAGAUUUAGCGCUUAACCCUUCUCUGGGGGGCGGGACGACGCUUGACUUAGCCGACCAGCGCGCGCGACAGCAGAGAACCGGCGGGUGCUGCUGGUAGAGUCGAAGCACGCCUACUCAGUGGAAAGGGGCGUGGGUGCGAGAGGUUGAUUGGUUUUAAGCUGUCCUCUGGGCGGAGUAAAGGCGGUCACUGCUGGUACAGCAGAACGAGGGGUGUGAUGGCGUGACUUCCGUUGAUACCACAACCUCAGAGGCCCCGUGACGCGGACCGACGGGGGGGGGGCUAGAGCCGCACAGGCCACCGACGGGUAUUACAAUUUGUGGUACACGGGUCGGUGGUAUGGUAGCAAUCGUCGCGUCAUCGUGACAACAGGUCGCAGGGUGAGGGACGACAAGCAUGAUACGCUUAGCAGGAGGGGAAGCUUCGAAACUCGGGCGAGUUCGUGAAUAUGGUACGUUGCAUGUUUCAAUAUUUUUUUGAUGCAAGUGUGGUCUUUGAGAAUCGUGAGCCGUGUUUGAUUGAGAUUGUAGAAGCCUCUAAAACGUCUUUUGAGGUGGUCGACGGUUGCGCGCUGCUGAUGCUGCUUGUUAGUUAACGUUUGAUGUACCAGUAAAAGAUUUUCAGGCAGUAUGUACCUGGAGAAGAGGAAAAAAACUCCAGCCUUGUUUUUGUGCUCUGUGCUUCAGUCGGCCGAAAGCUGUAGAUGUUGCGAGCAGGUGGGGGACAUGUAAAUAAACGUCAAGGUAGGGCGCGUUCAAUGGGCAUUUGUUUGCUCAAGGAACGCCGAAUUAGCUGCCCCCCCCCCCCCCCCCCCC